AUGCUGACCAUUGACAAUCUCAAAACACCUGUGACCAACCUGGAGACCGAUAACUUAGCUCCCAGUGGACAACCUUCCGCUCUGACUACUACCCAGGAGCGAUGGAAAGAGCUUUGGUCAAACUUUGACACAGCUCAAACCAUUCUCCAGGCUAUCGAGGACAAAGUAAACGGAUGUUUGGACCAAUCUUGUCAGAUGCAUGGGGUGACAUACGGGGCAGAAACCUCGAACGUGUUCAAUGCAGUAAUCUCACAAUUGACAGAGUUCUUGGAUGAUAUGAGAUGCGCAAGUCUGACUGUGUGCAGUCUCUCUGGAGCCUGGUCCAAGUCAAGAUGGCGUCAUCGCAAAAUCAGCAGCUGGAAUCCUGUGUUGUCCACACCUCCCAGACCUACAACAUCCAAGCAGUUGUCAACUGGACAAUUGGAUGGAACCUUGUCCCGAUUGCAGCUGCUGAAUUUUUCUCUCAACAGUAUCAACAGUCAUGUACAAGAUGUAGAGGUCACUUACUUUUUACUUGACGACAGUGAGAAAGUAAUAAAUGACUUGAAAGAUGUGCGUCACAGGAUGAGUGAGCCAACAUACCUGAGUUGA